AAAGCAGCAGGACCGUUUACGGAAGUACGCGUUCUUCGCCGACGAUGAAGAGGAAGCCGAAAAGGUGUUUUCUUUGCCUGCUAGGAUAGCUAACUAGCUAGUAUAUUUAUUAGAUAAGUCAUUCCUUCCCUUUCUCUUCAUAAAAACCCGAAGCAAGAAGUUCUUUGGAGGUGAAAUAUGGCAGGCUUUGGGGUGCCAAUGUGAAAAGAUGAGUGUCAACUAGAGGUGGCCCGAUUAAUCGGAAUUGCUGAUUAAUUAGGGCCGAUUUCAAGUUUUCAUAACAAUCGGUAAUCAGCAUUUUUGGAAACCGAUUAUGGCCGAUUACAUUGCACUCCACGAGGAGACUGCGUACGAGAGUGCAGCAAGGAGCCAAGAACCCCCAUUUCCUCUGCUCUCCCUGGGUGUCCUGGUCCCUCCUCUCCGGAUGAUGUCAGCACUCAUGUGGCAGGUGGUGCGCCUGGGCAACAUAAGUCAGUAUGGGAAAUUGGAGGAGUUUGUUUCCAUGGUCACAGAGGCGGUACCAGAUCUCCUGUCCAACAGACAGAGGUGGCUGCUGACCCUGGCACUCAGAGGACGGGUGAGUCUACAGCUAUUAGGGUCUGGACAUCCUGAUGACCUCAAGGCUGUUCAAACCCACCUGGAUAGAAUCACAGCAUCUGGUCUCAAACAGUCAAAUGAUGCCGCGAUUGAAUUUGCUGAAUCCAACUUCCUGAAGCUGAUCCAGAGCCUAGUGGAAGACCCAGAUAGGAGGGAACACUUCUUCAAGGUUGUGUUCCCCGUGGAGUAUGGACCUAGCUUUGACUCGGCGCUGCAGACUCUGGUGUGUCAUUUGCUGUCCAGACUGGAGGAGCUGCUGCCCAUCCCUGACUUCAAACAGACUGCUCUGUUGAUCAGUGGUGCCCCAUCUGUCCUGGAGGACUUCAUGUGCAGUGUCUCCCAUGCAGAGGAUCUGAAGUCCCUGCUACAGAACCCACAGUGCCACGGGAAACUCAAGCUGCCCAAGAGCACUCCUUCGCAGAUAGAGGACCAUCUCCUCUGCUCCUUAUCCCUUCCUCCCUCACUGAGACUGGGCAAUGCCUCGCACCACAGCGCCAGCGAAUCCAAAGCCUUCCCUGACUGUGAGAACCCGCCCCUGCAGGUCAGAGAUAACCAGGGGACUAUGACUGACAAUUUGAGUGGCCAAUGGGCUGAGUCCAAAACAAGUAUAGAUCAAAACGUGAUUGGAACAGAUUCAGUAGAAAACCAAGGAGGUUCUCAACGAACGGACAACCAGAAGGACGUGAAGGAGAAAGAUGUGGAAAGACAAAGUGCAGGAAGGAAAGCAGUAGACACGGAGCACCAAUACUGUCUGAGCACCAAUACUGCUCCUCAAACUUCUGACCAAGACACAGCACCAUUAGCCAGCCAACAAGCUGCCUCAGCCUCCACCUCACUCUCUGCCCAGGACACCACCUCAACAUCCACCUCGAGCACCCUGUCGUCCUCCUCCGGUGUGUCACCCGAGCAGCCGCGGCAGCGCGUGGCCCACAGGUGCCCCCAGUGCGGCCGUUGUUUCAUUUACCGCUAUAAGAUGCUGGAGCACCAGAGACUCCACACAGGGGAGAACCCUUACAAGUGUUCCCAGUGUGGUAAGACCUUCAGAAGGUCCUCGGAGAUGUCCACCCACCGCCGAACGCAGUGCUCCAACGCUGCCUAUGUCUGUAUUAAAUGCGGAAGCAGUUUUGGCUCGGUCAGAGAGCGGGUCAGCCACAGGUGUUGUGGUAGCAAAGCGGCGGCGGCGCCGAAGUUUGAAUGUCCACAGUGUGGGAAGAACUUCAAGUGGCACAACUCGUUAAAGAAACACCUGGUAACCCACACCAGGAAGAAGGGCUUCAAUUGCAGGUACUGUGGUGAGGGGCCGUUCCCAGGUAUCGCUGAGCUGAGGACCCACCAGAAGGUCCAUGAUGGAGAAGAGAAGCCCUACAAGUGUGAACAGUGUGGAAAGGGCUUCAGCUCCCAGGGCUGGCUCCAUGGCCACGAGCAGCGCCACUCCCAAGAGAGGUCCAAGAUCUGCCCCAGCUGUGGAAAGGCCUUCCGGUGUAAAGGAGACCUGAAGCUCCACAUGCGGACUCACACUGGGGAGAGGCCAUACCAGUGUACCUACUGCACCAAGCGGUUCUCUGUGAACGGAAACCUGACGAUACACAUCAGGACUCACACAGGGGAGAAACCUUUCCUGUGCUCUGACUGCGGCAAGGCCUUCUGCUCUGCAGGAGAGCUGCAGAUCCACAGGAGAACACACACUGGGGAGAGACCGUACAAAUGCACCGUCUGUGAGAAAGGCUUCACCAUGGCUAGUCAGGUGACUCUUCACAUGCGGGUACACACGGGGGAACGACCCUACGUGUGUCAUGAGUGUGGAAAGGCAUUUCGUCGCGGUGCGGAGCUGAAGACACACAUCCUGAAUCACAGUGGGGUGAGACCGUACCCCUGUCGUCUCUGUUCCAAGACCUACACCUGCCUUAGUCACCUGAAGAGACAUUUGAAGACUCACGGGGACCAGUCGGUGGAUAUGAGCAGUGAGUUGUCUGUAUCUGCUGUAUGAUAAACCACUUGAAUAGAAAACACCUUUUAACACUGUGUUGUCAAUAUAAAAAGGUGCAUAUUUCAUUUUCUGACGGCUACUUAUAUUAAGAGGUUGACUGAGCUCCGUAAGGAUCAUCGCCAUGUUUGCUUAUUGCUACUAUCAGGACUAAGACUGUUGCUUCUAGAACAAGACGAGUGUUGCUUCUAGAACAAGACGAGUGUUGCUUCUAGAACAAGACGAGUGUUGCUUCUAGAACAAGACGAGUGUUGCUUCUAGAACAAGACGAGUGUUGCUUCUAGAACAAGACGAGUGUUGCUUCUAGAACAAGACGAGUGUUGCUUCUAGAACAAGACGAGUGUUGCUUCUAGAACAAGACGAGUGUUGCUUCUAGAACAAGACGAGUGUUGCUUCUAGAACAAGACGAGUGUUGCUUCUAGAACAAGACGAGUGUUGCUUCUAGAACAAGACGAGUGUUGCUUCUAGAACAAGACGAGUGUUGCUUCUAGAACAAGACGAGACAUUUCUUUGUUGCAGUUCUAGGCGUUUUUAUAAUCAUUUUGAUCAUGUCUUAGAUUGAGGCUUUUGGAUAGUUGCAGUAGCUAGUGUUUCUGUUCAUCUCACGUGUUGGUUCUGUUUACUUAACAAAUAAGGAACACUCAAAAUGUGUGCACUCAUAAAUCAUAACAAUUUUAAUAAAAAAAAUACAUCUGUAGACAGAAGUCAAAGAUCAAACAACUGAUGUCUCAUAAGUUCUGCCCCAUAGGAAAAGUCCAAGUUGCUUUUGUCAUGCUUGUAGUCAACCCCCUUGUGAUGUCACUGCAUACGUCAUUACCUGCUACUCAUCAGACCAAGCCCAUGCAUACACAGCAAAACAAACUUGCAAGAGAGAUACAAUAGUUCCAGUGUUUUCUAAGGCCUCAGCAGUAAAUGUCCCCAAGUUGAUUUAUAGAGGUCUGUCUGACUAGACUCUUAUCUCUUCUACUCCCCUGAAAAGACUUCGGAACAAUUUUAAAACGUUAUAAUGAAUAUAUAAAUAUUGUUCAUCUAUAGUCUAGGAUCCUAUAAAUGUAGAGGAGGUGGGGUCCAAUAGCCCCUCCCCUUCUAUUAAUGUAGAGGAGGUGGGGUCCAAUAGCCCCUCCCCUUCUAUUAAUGUAGAGGAGGUGGGGUCCAAUAGCCCCUCCCCUUCUAUAAAUGUAGAGGAGGUGGGGUCCAAUAGCCCCUCCCCUUCUAUAAAUGUAGAGGAGGUGGGGUCCAAUAGCCCCUCCCCUCCUAUAAAUGUAGAGGAGGUGGGGUCCAAUAGCCCCUCCCCUUCUAUAAAUGUAGAGGAGGUGGGGUCCAAUAGCCCCUCCCCUUCUAUUAAUGUAGAGGAGGUGGGGUCCAAUAAGCCCCUCCCCUUCUAUUAAUGUAGAGGAGGUGGGGUCCAAUAGCCCCUCCCCUUCUAUUAAUGCAACAUAAGCAUAAUCAAUUAUUAUAAUAUAUCGAUCAUUUGGUGCAGCCCCUAUCAUGACCCCAAUUUGACCCCAUCACAUGCCAAAUGAAUCCAUGUCUGUUAAUCUCAGAUGCCAAGUUAAUCAGCAAUGGAAAGGGGUUUGUUGACUAAUGGAACUCUUAGUUGUGAGGAGACACAUGAAGGUCUCUCCCAACCCACCUUAAUUAGAGGGUAUGCAAUCAUGUUUGACCCUAUUUUUCCAAUAACCACAUUUUCUGCAGAGAAAAAAACUCACUUAAACUCAAUUUCACACUGACUUGAUCUUGGUCAAAAUGUAUUUUACAAAGAAAGGACGUAGGAUUGUUUUGAAUAUGUUAAUUGAAAUGAAAAUAUUAAAUGAUUUCUUGAC